AGCAUGUGAUAUUCAAGAACCACUCUGUAAAAUAUGUGGUUAAAUUCCGCAGCGCUCAUACGACACCUAAUCAUUCGGGUAAAAUAGCCAGCCUGGGUGCCUUUCAAAUAUGGAGCAGCCAAAUUAAUCUGUUUUAAAACUGACAGGUAGAGACUGUGGAAAUAUAAGGAAGUAUGUUCUUAUAUUUAUAAUUCGUAGAUGCAGCAAGGGCUGAUGUAAUGCGUUUGCUAUGUUAUCUAAGACAACCUAUCCCGCUACCUCUUCCUUUCUGUGGUGCGUGUUGAACUACGUGUUGAACUAUGCUUGAACUACGCUUAUGACAAGCACACUAGCAGCAUUUUCGGCGACUUUCUUAUGACAUUGAAUGGUUAUUAAUGCGGUUUUGCAGUGAAUUGUGAACAUUAAAAUAGCUGUUCUAUUAUAAACUGGCGAAGCGUAGUCUAUAUACAGCACCAUUCAAAAGUCUGGACACGUACUUUAUUUAUUUGUUUGUUUUUACUAUUUUCUACAUUUCAAAAACGAGGAAGGUAUCAAGUAAAUAAAGUGACACGUCGAUAUCUCUGAGAGCUACAAUGUUAAGGAUGCAUCACAGAUUUUGGCUCAGAGUAAUGCACAAAGAAGAAAUUUUGGUAAUCUACCAAAUGCCAGACUACCACCGAGGACAUCUAAUUCAGCAGCGCACAGCAGUAAGUAUAGGAUUAAUGGACAGAACCACCCUCACAAAGACCAGACAAGGAUGUUGCCACAACCGAUAGCCUAUCUUGGACCCUUGAGUCCUUCUCCUCCCAGAGUUUAUAACUGGCAAAAAGACUUAACAGCUAAGAAAGAGCAGUCUCCAUCACUGGCAAACCAACAGCUGAAAGGUGAAUGGGCACCAGUAAUUUGCCGCCAAAGACCACUUCCUGAGGAAUCAGUUAUAGGAUCAAACCAUCCAAUUACAAUUACAGAUGAAACAUUUGAUGGUCAAGCGCAAUUUUACAUAGUUCCAGAACAAUCACUCCCAGUUCCAGAGCAACCACUUGCAAUCACAGAAGAAUCAUUUUCAGGCAGCGAACAAUCACUAGACAUUUCACAACAAUCACUUGCAGGUCCAGAAGAAUCAAAUGAAGGACCAGAGCAAUCUCACACAGUUCCUGAACAGUUGUUCCCAGGUUCAAAGCAGCCAUCUGUAGCUACUGAAGUAUCACACGCAAGCCGAGAACAAUCACUAGACAUUUCACAACAGUCUCUUGCAGGUUCAGAAGAAUCGCUUGAAGGUCCAGGGCAAUCUCAUGUAGUUUCAGAAAAAUUACAUCCAGGCCCAGUACUGUCAUUUAUAGUUCCAGAACAGUCACUUUUAUUUCCAAAAACAUCAUUCAUAGGUCCAAAGCAAUCUCUUGGAGGCCCUGUACAGUCACAGGCAAAACCAGAUCAAUUAUUUAUUGAACAACCAGCUGUGGCAACAAGUUUACCAUCAACAAAUUUACAACCAACAACAUCAUCUUCUAUUUAUUCCUGGGCCUGGGUAUCCUCAGUACUGCUGCCUGAUCUCUCCCUGCUAAAGUCCACUGUUACACCAGAACCUUACCCUGAUGCCACCUCAAUCCAGUCUUUGCCAGCAUCCACUCUGGCACCAGAGCAAUAUCCUCAUACAACCUCAGCCCAGCCAGAGGGUCCAGGCAGUGCACAAGGUGAUAUAGACAUCGCAGGGAGGACAGCUACUGAGUCCCACUGUAGGAGCCGGCCAUUGGACCUUGUCUUUAUCAUUGAUAGCUCUCGCAGUGUCCGUCCAGGUGAGUUUGAGAAGGUCAAGAUAUUCCUCUCAGACAUGGUGGACACACUGGAUAUUGGUCCCGAUGCCACCCACGUUGCUGUGGUGAAUUAUGCUAGCACAGUCAAAAUAGAGUUCUUUCUCAAGGACCAUUUCAGGAAGGAAAAUAUGAAACAAGCAAUUAGCCUCAUUGAGCCCCUGGCUGCUGGCACCAUGACUGGUCUAGCCAUUAAGAAAGCCAUGGAAGAGACCUUCACCGAACAGUCAGGGGCCCGGCCAAAGUCAAAGAGCAUUUCCAAGGUUGCCAUCAUUGUCACGGAUGGGCGUCCACAAGAUCAGGUUGGAGAGGUAUCAGCUGCUGCCCGGGCCUCGGGGAUCGAGAUCUAUGCUGUGGGGGUGGACCGUGCUGACAUCGGCUCCCUCAGGCUCAUGGCGAGUAACCCACUGGAUGACCACGUUUUCUAUGUGGAAACCUACGGUGUGAUCGAGAAGCUCACCUCCAAGUUCCGGGAGACUCUGUGCGGUGUGGAUCCCUGUGUCUCGGGACAUGACUGCGAUCACAUUUGUAUCAGCAGUGGCUCCUCCUAUUACUGCAAGUGUCGGAAGGGCUAUAAUUUGAACGAGGACAAGAAAACAUGCUCCUUCAAACGUAUAGACUCCUGUGAAAUGGGGCAUGACUGUCAGCACAUUUGUGUUGGAGACGGCUCCUCCUAUAUCUGCAAGUGUCGCCCUGGCUAUAUCUUGAAUGAAGACAAGAGAACGUGCUCCAUCCACAGUAUCUUUGGACAUGGUGCAGGCACUGGACACACUGAUGGUGUCAGCAAUGGCAACAGCGAUAGUGAAGGUAGUUCCAGUGUAGACUCCUGUGAAAUGGGGCAUGACUGUCAGCACAUUUGUGUUGGAGACGGCUCCUCCUAUAUCUGCAAGUGUCGCCCUGGCUAUAUCUUGAAUGAAGACAAGAGAACGUGCUCCAUCCACAGUAUCUUUGGCCAUGGUGCAGGCACUGGACACACUGAUGGUGUCAGUAAUGGCAACAGCGAUAGUGAAGGUAUGGAUGCCUGUGCACUGGGCCAUGACUGUCAGCACACUUGUGUGGGCAGUGGCUCCUCCUAUUACUGCACAUGUCCAACAGGCUUUGUCUUGAUGGAGGACAGGAAAUCAUGUUUCAAGGCCAGUGGUGAUGAUGAUGGUGACAGUAGUGCCAGUCUGGACCAGUGUGCAAUGGGGCAUGACUGUGAGCACAUUUGUGUCAGCAGUGAUGGCUCCUAUCGCUGUAAAUGCAAUAUGGGCUAUGUCUUAAAUGAAGACAAGAAAACAUGUUCACGUCUGGAGGGUCUGGACCAGUGUGCAUUGGGGCAUGACUGUGAGCACAUUUGUAUCAGCAGUGAUGGCUCCUAUCGCUGUGAAUGCCAGGAGGGUUUUAUUUUGAAUGAAGACAAGAAAACAUGUUUACAGCUGAAGGCAGAGGUGGUACAGGACCCCUGCCAUUGUGAGGCCAGACUGGCCUUCCAGAGGCAGACACAAAACUACAUCCAGGACCUCAAUGCCAAACUAGCUGAUAUCUCCAGAAAGGUUGAGCAGAUGAUGGCUCACAAAUAAACUCAGGCCCUCCAGCUCGGUCACUGUGACUCUGUGACGCCUCGGCUGCCGUUCGACUGUGUGGGACACUGAAACGAAGGAAAAUGCUCUUUUCUUUUUCAUUUCUAUCAAAGCAACAUCACGGACUACACCGACCUCCAGUUUAGCCUUUUUAUUUGACAGCAAACACAACCUGUGUCACUGAUGAAAGGGACCAGAUUAUGUCUUACAUGUUCUAAAAACGGACUAAACAAAAAGCAAUGAAUAGCCUUGCCUGUGAGCAUAGGACAUACUAUGUCUGUGUCAGUGUGUAUCUUUCUGGAUGUAGUUGUUGAAGUCAUCUCUGUGUAUUUCAAAUAGUGCCAUUCUGUAAUGUCUGUAACAGUUUAUUCUUUCUCAAAAUGUAUGGGUUUAGUGUUCACAGCAAAUCAUGCUUUUUAUAUUCAUACCCUUUCUGCAUGUUUUAUAUUACUGUAAUAUUUUAUAUCCCUGUCAUUUUGCAGUAUAAUUUUCAAGAGUAUAAGCUAACUUUAUAGUUAUAAAGUAUUGUAAGUUGAAUUUGAAUUAUGUCUUAAAUAUGGACUAUAUUAUUAUACCUGUUAUUCAUGUUGAUCAGUGGAAAAAAGAACUGUCAAUAAAAAUAAUUUUGGCAUGAC